AGCAACAUGAUAUAUGCAUCGAUGUCAUGCCUGUGGUAACCCUGGUGACUCUGAUGACAGUGAUAUAGAAUUACAUGUGGGAUGUGCAGUUGCAGCUCUCCCUCCUCCUGAAGAAGAAGAGCAUAAGGACGAGCAAAAGCACGAGGACAAGGACCACCAUGAGGAGGAGAUGAUUGAGCACUUUGCUCACGACCAUCAUCUUGCAUCCUUCCACGUGGAUGCGCCAAAUCAGAUCCCUUGCAAGGCAUGCGGAGAGGGUAUCUCCGGUCGCGUUUAUGGUUGCCGUGCCUGCAUAUUCGAGCUGCACGAAUCUUGCACUCUGGCACCCCUAGAGAUAAUGAAUCAUCCUUUCCAUCCACAGCACCCGCUCACCUUGCUUGCUGAUCUCGAGUAUGAGUAUGAGAUGAGAUGAGAUGCGAUGUAUGCGAGUAUAAGCCUCCGUUUGCAUACAACUGUAAUGAAUGUGAUUUCCUUCUCGAUGUGAAAUGUGUUGUUUCCAUUGUGCAUCCUCCUCCUCGAGAUCAUGAUCAGAGUCGUAGCACAGACGAUAGGCGAGAUCAGAUCCAUCAUUUUUCCCACCCCCACCAACUGACAACUUUUCAUGCUAAAGCUAAGCUUCUUGCGAGCUGUGAUGUUUGCAACGAAGGGAUAUCGGGUGAUUUUUACUGUUGCCCUGACUGCCUUUUCUUGCUCCACCCAUCGUGUGCCAAGCUGACACAAGAGAUUGUGCAUCCUCUUCAUCCGGGCCACCAUCUCAUUUGCCAAGCAGAUCCUCGGAAUUGCUCUCUCUGCUCUGAUAAUACUCAUGGCUUUGGAUUCAAGUGUGAAGAGUGUCCCUUUGGCCUUCAUGUGGGAUGUGCUCUCCAAUCUCUCUCUGCUACGAAAGAGGAAUUAACUCUUAACAGUGAGCUUCUCCAUAAACACCCCAUGAGGCUUCAGUGUCUAACUAAGGGAUAUGUGUGUAUUGUCUGCGAAUGGCCUGUUAAAGGUCUAGGUUAUGCCUAUGAAAUUUGUGGCAACAAGGCGAUCCAUAAAACCUGUGCUGAGCUACCACGUGAAUCAGAACGACACCCUAUUCACCCACAGCGUCUGCUUCUCCUUCUUUCUAAGCCACUCGAUGAAUUCAGUCAUUGCUUUGCAUGUUUGGAAAGCUCUGGGGGACUCACCUUUUACUGUGAUUAUUGUAAGAUCCAGUUCUAUGCACAUUGUGCUAUGAGGAGGCCGACUCUGAAACAUCGGCGUCACGAGCAUUGCCUAUCCUAUUUCAGAAAGAUAGGCCGCAAGCCAUACAGCGUGCAAUGCAAUGUGUGUUACGAUUAUUGCUGGAUUGACUUCUACCGCUGUGUUCGGUGCAACUAUAAUCUUCACUUCAGUUGCAUGCCACUACCCCCUUCUGUCAAACACGCAUUCCACCAGAGUUACCAUCCGCUGGUGCUCCGUGAUAGAUUUGUUGAUGACAAACUUGAUUAUGAGGAGCAAUACUGCGACGUGUGCGAGACACUCAGGCACCCAGAACAUGGUGUUUAUUAUUGCGAGGAGUGUAAUUAUGCUGCUGAUAUCGACUGCAUCAUCCCCAAAAGAGACCUUAAGAAAGGUAGACAAAUGAAAGACUUUAUGCUCAAGCGACUGGAUAAAGAUAUUUCAAUUGCAGAAGCAAUGACGGAGGAACUGAAGAAGAAAUGGGAAAUGUCAAUGAAAGAGCUGAAGAACUCAAGAAAAAGAGGCAGGAGCUCUCAGACGCGAUGGAAGCAGAGUUGGACAGGGCAUGAAUUGAACAUGGAGCCUUUCUCUUGGCAUAUCGUUCAUCCUAACAAGGAUCUCAUGCAUCCAUUUGUCAAAAUAGAUUUUCUUCACCACGUGCAUCUGUUAACAGUCGAUCUUAUUCUGCGCUAGUCAUUUUGAUUGUGACCUGAAGUUACUUCUAAGGACCAAU